ACAGUUAGGCUCGUAUCAUGUAAGUUGGGUGCGACAUGUUUUUACUCUCUUCUCGGAUAAAAUCUCGCUGAAUGUGCCCUUAAAAAGGUUUUCAUAUCAGAGUUUAUUGAGUUCAGUUAGUUUCAUGUAGCUUUGCCUUUUUAUUUCUGUUAACUUUCACGAGAAAGAGAACCGGUGUAAGAGUCUUUAAUCAAAUUGACGAAGCGGAACCAUACGUCCAUUUUGUAGCGCUUCCGCCUCUGAUGUUAACAUCCCAUCCUGUUUCUGACUAUAUUGUCCCAGUAUAAGAUGCGGGAGUACAAGCUGGUUGUACUAGGCAGUGGUGGUGUCGGCAAGAGUGCCUUGACUGUGCAGUUUGUACAGAACAUAUUCGUAGAGAAGUAUGACCCGACCAUAGAGGACAGCUAUAGAAAGCAAGUGGAGGUGGAUGGGCAGCAAUGCAUGCUGGAAAUCCUGGAUACAGCCGGAACGGAGCAAUUCACAGCAAUGAGAGACCUGUACAUGAAGAAUGGGCAGGGAUUCCUCCUGGUCUACUCCAUCACAGCCCAGUCCACAUUCAAUGACCUCCAGGAUCUACGGGAACAGAUAUUGCGUGUCAAGGACACUGAUGAUGUGCCCAUGAUUCUGGUGGGAAACAAGAGUGAUCUGGAGGAUGAGAGGGUUGUAGGCAAGGAUCAGGGAAUGAGUCUAGCAAAACACUUUAACUGUGAAUUCAUGGAGACCUCAGCAAAAAAGAAGAUUAAUGUGAAUGAGGUUUUUUGUGGCUUGGUUAGAUUAAUCAAUAAUCGCACCCCGGCCCCGGGCAGAUCGCCAGGAUCAGGAAGCAAAAAGUCCUGUAGGCUGCUGUAGGCUUGAAUUUUGGAACUUAACUUGAAGAGUGGAAUGAUGAAAUAAUUUGGAUCCACCCCUAACGAACAUCAUGUGUACCCGGAUAUUGAGGAGGAGUUAGAGUUCUUGGACUAUUGAACAUUGCUCCAGCUACAACAGUUCAUUGUCUUAUGAUAGGGGGAUUUCUAGAUAUUUAUAUUUCUGUAUAUAGUAUAUAUAUGUAUAAGUGCAUACACCACACACACAAACUCACAUAAUUAACAGCUUGUAGAGAAUAAGCCUUUGGCGGCAAGGGGAGACAACUCUUUGCUCUGGCUUCUGAUUUCCCGCUUUCAUCUCUUGGAAUAUGGUAAAGCUUGAAAAUGUGUUUUUUUCUUGUAGUCGCCGAAAUGAAAACAUUAAGUAGGUGAUUUUGGACGUAUUGUUGAUGCUUAGAGUAAUGUGCAGUCUUCACGAAAAUCGAGUGUUAAGGUAUUCAACUAGUCAUGUUUUCUUGCCUAUAUUGGCAAUGUGAGGCGAAAAAUUUCAGUCCAUUUUCUAGCGAAGGAAAGAUAAAAGUAUUACAGAUUCAUGCACCUCUCUUUAUUGUCUAAGUCACCCAUGAUCCUGCGUUUUCCUUCUAUUUGUUCAUACAUGUAACAGGGUCCCCCAGUUUGUGUCAAUUAACUGGACAGUGUUUUCGUGAGGACUGAGUUUUGUUCAGAUAUUAAAGGUAGCUUUUGGUGAUGUAUCUAGGUAUUUUAACAUUUCUUGAUCUGCCAUUAUUGUUGUCAUUCUGUCAGAACACUUCUACUUUAUAAAAAAAAAAUGAAAUACAAUAGUUAUACAUUGUUAUUAACGCGUGUGUUUAUUUGUAUGAUAACAUUGAGUUCAUAGUACUGGGCAUAGAAGUAGGUUUAUUGUUAUAACAACAUCUAAAGUGUGCAUAUUGGUCAACUAUGUUUCUUUCUCAUUAAUUCUCUUUUAUCUUAGCUACGUAAGGUAUUCUAAUUGUGUCCUUGAGAUUGUUUUCAUUUCUUUCUUUUCUAGGCCAGUGUUUAAAUCUUGAGUAAAUUGAAUUGUUGGGGAAUUCUUUUUUGAAAUUCAUGUGUAGAUUUUCACUAACAAUGCCUCCAAAAAUUGUGAAAAUGAAUUUUUACUGCGAUAUUUUGAUGUUUUUAUGAAUGCCAUUGAUAGAAUUAUUUUACGCUGUAUGUUAACUACUGUCUUAAUAAUAAAUUUGAUAAUAAAAGGUGCUUAAAGUC